UAAGCGCUGAGAACAACCGUUUGAGAAUCAAACAGUGGACAACUUUACAGUUUGAAUCAUAUUUUCAACAACAGCUCACAAAUACGGAAGAUGAUUAAGUUUCUCAUUUUGAUUUGCUUCUUUGCCAUGGCAUUUGCGCGUCCUGGUUACCUGCACUCGGCGCCCAUCCUAACCACCUACCGUGAGCAGCACGUUGCCGCGCUGCCAGCCGCAGUGCAUAUCGUGGAACCAUUGGUCACCACACACCAAAUUGUAACACCCUUACUGCGUGGCGCCAUACUCAACCAUGGCUUGCACUGAGCCACCAAGCCGCAGGAGUCUCACGGACUGAAUGGGCAGCAGCAGAAAAAAUAUAUAGCUAAAAAAAAAAUGGAAUUACUUUAAAUGCCUAUUAAACAAAGCGCUGCAAUAAGAAAACAAAAAAAAUGCUUAUUUUUUACUUUUAUUUCACUUUAUUUCAUACAAAAUUAUUGGAAAUCCUUUGAAAUGUUCGUGCCUUUUCCGCCUACUAAAUAA